AAGACAAGCAGAGGAAAAGCAAGUGGAAAGAGAGAGAGAACAGUGACGGCAGAUAUAUUCAUCGAACGAUUGUCAGAAGUGAAAUCAUCCUGCCUGCUCAAGGAAGUGAGGGGCACAGGGUGAGAGGGGGGCGGAUGCACACUCUCUACUCUCUUGCCCUGCGUUUUUGUUGCCCCUUCCGCCAACUUCGUCGCUCCUCUCCACCACCACAACCGCUCAUUCCACCGUCUGUGCCUGCUUCAGGCGCAAGUACCCCGUGGUGUGUCUGUGGCAUGGAGAAAGAGAGGGAGGAUGAAGAGACGGAGGGGAGGGAGAGACCGGAGCCGCUGACGGAUGUGGAGCGGGGCAUCAUUCAGGACACCUGGGCGCGUGUUUACGAGAGCUGUGAGGAUGUGGGCGUCACUAUUCUUAUCAGAUUCUUUGUGAACUUCCCCUCAGCAAAGCAGUACUUCAGUCAGUUCCAGGACAUGGAAGAUCCAGAAGAGAUGGAGAAGAGCUCUCAGCUGAGGAAACAUGCCCGCCGUGUCAUGAACGCAAUCAACACAGUUGUGGAGAAUCUUCAUGACCCAGAGAAGGUUUCUUCUGUUCUGGGACUAGUGGGAAAAGCACAUGCACUCAAAUACAAAGUGGAGCCAAUGUACUUCAAAAUCUUAAGUGGGGUUAUUCUGGAGAUACUUGCAGAGGAUUUUGGAGAGUGCUUUACACCAGAAGUGCAGACAUCCUGGACCAAACUAAUGGCAGCAUUGUACUGGUAUAUCACAGGGGCCUAUACUGAGGUGGGGUGGCUCAAACUCUCCAGCUCAGCGGUCUGAGAUUAGGAAUUCAUUUCCACUGCACAUGAACACUGGUUGUAACCCAUCAGUUUGAAUAGCCAAAGGACUGACUUAAGAGGAAAAAAGAUAAA